UACUCGUCCCCUUUCCUCGAAAGCCACUGACGUAGCUUUAAUUUAUUUAAAAAAAAUUAGCCUUCUCCCAUGUGUGUGUUGGAAAAGACCUGCGCAAAGCUUGACCUUGACCGAAACGAUCUCCGCUCUCUCAUAAUGACGGUGCGGGCUUUGAAAGCACCUUCCCCAGGCAGCACUAGGUUUUCCAUAAAGGAAAGGGGACUUCUCAAAUCAGCCCAGCUGGAAGACGGAUCAAAUCCAGAUUUGUUGCCAAACCCUGAAGGACAAAACCAGCCCUUCUGCGAGGCCCAUCUACACACAGCCACAGAUGUUCGCUAGCUUUUAUCUGCUAACCUGAGUUCGUGCACGUGGGAAUUAUUCUCCAUAAGUGGCUUCUGGAGUUGAGGCUGAACUACAAUGAAAAACGCCGCCUUCUACAAAACUGAUUCUAGUUUUUAUUUCCAGAAGAAGGAUGUCACAAAAGCUGCAGAAAGAAGCCUUCAUCAGUAACUUAAAUGGAACUACUCUGCAAGAAAUUUCAGUAGGAUUAACUCUAGCGCCGUUGUGUGUGGCUUGCAGAGGACUGCUGUUGGUUUUAUAUCACCAGCACUAUGGAAGACCAUUAGGCUCAAGGAAAUAUCUACUCCUGCUAGACUUGACUGUGCUAGUAGCUCCUCUUGUGCUUUCCUGUACAGUUCUUUCCCCUGUCCUCCCUUUUGUCCCGGUUGCCAUUGCUCUUAUCUGUGCAGGAUUGUUUUCUAAAAUAUACCACGGGAGAAAUCGGUACGUCGGCGCACCUUGUAGACAGAUCAUCAGCGAGUUUCUGAAGACGAGCCUAGAACCAGAAUACGUUCCCUCCAUAACCGUGUUCCGCGUGUACGUCAACCUGCUAACUGCCAUCAGUAUUUUGGCAGUGGAUUUCCCACAGUACCCCAGGCGGUACGCUAAAACCGAGACCUAUGGCACGGGAGUGAUGGAUUUUGGUGUGGGAGCUUUUAUUUUUGGGAACGCUCUGGUUUGUCCUGAAGUGAGGCAAAAAUCCGGUGCAGUGCAAGCCAAAUUCUCCUAUUUGGCAAGGCAGUCCUUAGCUGUGUGGCCAUUAGUUUUUCUGGGCCUGGGACGACUGGUCAGCGUUAAAGCUGUAGAUUAUCAUGAGCAUUUAUCAGAGUAUGGGGUGCACUGGAAUUUUUUUUUCACUCUAGCAUUUGUGAGGAUUGCAGCCUCGUUGCUUUUAUCGUUAGUGCCAGCACAGAAAUCGGGGAUUGUUGCUGUGAUUCUUGCUGUAUUUUACCAGUUUAUUCUUGAUGUUACGCCUCUGAAGAUGUUUGUUUUUUAUGGAAGCGAUGGCAGAGAUUCACGAGUUGGAUUUUUGAAUGCUAACAGAGAGGGGGUGUUUUCUCUCUUUGGAUACCUAGCCAUCUAUAUGGCCAGUGUGCAAGUAGGGUUAUAUGUAUUGAAGAAGAGAACCUUAGUCAAAGACUGGAUUGAAGUAAUAUGCUUGUUUUUGCUGACAGUUAUUCUUCUCUUUAUAUGUCUUCACUUGACUCAAACGUAUAUAGAUCCAGUAUCCCGUAGGCUGGCUAAUCUGGCUUUCUGCAUUUGGGUGGUUGCCCAUGGCCUGACAUUUUUCAUUUUAUUUUUAGUGACUGAUCUUAUUUUAGUGCUGACAAAACUUCUGGUAAAUGGGUCUGGAGUGCCUUGUUGUUGGAAUCUUUCACAACCACCUAGUACAAAUAAAAAGCAUGAUUCAGAGCCCACGUCUAUCAAAAGAGAAGAAAAACUGCUAAGUGUUUGUAUAAUUAAUGCUAUUAAUAAAAACCAACUAGUCUUUUUCUUGUUAGCAAAUGUUAUGACUGGCAUAGUGAAUAUGGUGAUAGACACAAUCCACAGCAGUACUGUGGUUACAUUAUUUGUGUUACACUUGUACAUGUUUACUAACUGUUUAACUAUGCAUAUAUUGCAUGCGAAAAAUCUAAUACUGAAAUGGUGGUGAUCAUCACCAUAUUCUAAUAUCGUUGAUCUUAAGCAUGCUGGUUUAAAAUGUAUAUGUGGAUUUUUAAAAAUAUUUUGUUGACUCUGCUCGAGUAAUUGUGGGUUUCUGUUUUUUUGGCUUUUUGUUUUUAAUGGAAAAAUUAAAAUGCCUUUGUCUUGCAGAUAUGUUGCUUUGUAAUACACUCUGUAUUGAUGAUUUAUACCCAAUGUUCUCUCCAGGGUAACUUGGCAAGUGUUAUAACUUAAUUUCUGGAUCUUGAGAUGUAUUUAUGAAUCAACAGUUCAUAAAUACAGAACCUUCUCCUGCAAACACUUAAGCAUGCUUACCCAUAAAACUUUACCCAUAUGAACAAUGAAUUUCUCAGUGAGUUCAAGAGGACUAUUCACAGGUACAGAUAUUUGGGGGGAGGGAACCACAAUCUCACCUGGUUUUGGGUGCUUGAAGACUAUUUGAAAGACAAAAAUUCUGUUCCUCCAUUUAUCAUCCUGAGUUAUCUUGGGCGAGUUUCUUCCUUUAUUUCCCUCUCUGCAAGUUGCGGAUGGUACUGCUUCCCUGCCUCGCACAGUUGUUGGGAGGAUAAAUACAUUAAGGACCGACACAUUUAGUAAUGGGAGCUAAAAUGUAAAACAGUACAAAUCAUGGAAGCUCUUUCUUUCUUUUUUAAAUGGCUCUUCUUUUGCGGUUUUCCUGAACUGGGGGAUCCAUUUAUCUAUACUCCAUCAACUCAGUGGACCUAUAGUAAAAGAUAUGGCCCAACAGUUGAAAUUUGCUGGUUGCUUUGGCAAGCCUCAAACUGUUACAAAAACAAAGGUCCCAGUCCUCUUGAAAUCAAUAGGCCUCAGAAGAGGUAUAAAGUUUUGGCCAUGUAAAUUCAAAUGCAAGAGAAGGUCCAGGAUUGUAUUACUCACUGUAGAUCUAUGUGUUUUAAUUUCUGAAUUAAAGAAGAAUAUUCUUGGCUGUUUGGCCAGACAAAAA